CUUCCGCGAAAGGUCAUUUCCUGUGACCUACUUUGGAUAUUCGCCAUAUUCAUUUAGGAUUGGAGAAGUGUGAGUCAUAAAAACUGAAUAACAAAGGUUUCAGUGAGUUUUUCCGUCCGGUGUUUUAUGCAUUCAUUGGAGAAAUAAGAAAAAAAUGGAGAAGUUGCUGAUUUUGCUUGGAAUUGUCCAUAUUAUAGCUGUUGUGAGCACACAGGGAACAGGAUCAGAUCAAGUGUCAAACCCGUGUGUAGGUGUCAAAUCAUGUGGAGAAUGUAUAGCUACCUCACCAUUGUGUGGUUGGUGUGCGGAUCAGGAAUAUGCCAAAACGGGUCGUGACAGGUGUGAUAUGCUUGUCAACUUGAAAGCAGAGGGAUGUUCCAAAGCUAACAUUUCUAACCCUUCUAAUGAUAUCGACUACGUGGACAAUAAACAAGUACAGGAUGGUUCUGGGACAGGAGAUGCUAUACAGAUACAACCCCAGACUGUCAAAAUCAAGAUUAGACCUAAUAAUCCGGAAACAUUUACUAUGACAUUCCGGUUAGCUGAGAACUACCCUGUAGAUCUGUACUAUCUUAUGGACUUGUCCAACUCUAUGGCAGACGACAAGGAAAAAUUAGCUGCACUUGGAAACAAGAUUGCUGACAGUAUGUCGAAUAUCACCAAAAAUUUCCGACUGGGCUUUGGAUCGUUUGUGGACAAAGUUGUUAUGCCAUAUGUAUCUACUGUGCCUUCCAAACUACAACAGCCGUGCCCAGGCUGUACAGCACCGUACAGUUACAAAAACCAUCUUAUGUUGGAUAAUGACUCCACCAAGUUUGAGGAGUAUGUAAGAAAAGCACGUGUAUCCGGUAAUCUGGAUGCCCCCGAGGGAGGAUUUGAUGCUAUCAUGCAGGCUGUGAUGUGUAAGAAUCAGAUUGGUUGGAGAGAUCAAGCACGUAAGAUGUUACUAUUUUCUACCGAUGCAGGAUUUCACUUUGCCGGAGAUGGAAAGCUUGGUGGUAUUGUUAAACCCAACGACGGCUUAUGUCACCUUGGUAACGAUGGAAAAUACACAGAGGCUGAGAACCAGGAUUAUCCAUCAGUCAGUCAGAUUUCCACCAAGAUCCGUGAGAACAGCGUUAACAUGAUAUUUGCUGUCACAGAGGACCAACUUCCUGUCUACAAUAGAUUGAGUAAAUAUAUUGAAGGGUCAGAGGCAACCAAAUUGGCUAACGAUUCUUCCAAUAUUGUACUGGUCAUUGAACAAAAUUAUAAGAGAAUCACCUCUAAAGUACAGAUGAACACACAGUUUGCUGAAAAUAUAACAGUCAAGUUCAAGAGCAGAUGUAAAGGUGGUGAUCUGGUUGAAACAAAUGUUUGUGAAGAACUGGCUAUCGGAGAUAGUGUGACUUUCGAGGUGUCUGUUUCCGUGGCUGAUUGCCCCGCUGACCCCAGCAAACGCACCCGAACAUUCUCGGUAUACCCUGUCGGUCUGUCGGAGAAAUUGGACAUUACUCUGGACCUCAUUUGUGAAUGUGAAUGUGAAACAUCGGCCUUUGAGCAAAAGGCCAGUCCUAAUUGUAAUGGACAAGGAACGCUUGAAUGCGGACAGUGUACAUGUGAUAAAGGAAGGUAUGGGAAACAGUGUGAGUGUGACGGCUCACAAAGUACCAGUGACAAAUCACUUGCUGAAUGUAUCAAUCCCAACUCCACCAGUAAUGUGAUAUGUUCAGGGCGUGGAGAAUGUGUCUGUGGCGUGUGUGAGUGCUUCCCGCGACGUGCCCACUCGGCACAGAAAUACAGCGGCAAAUAUUGUCACUGUGAUGAUUAUUCCUGUAGCUACCAUAACAACCAGCUUUGUGGAGGUCACGGAAGAUGCAGCUGUGGAGACUGUCUAUGUGAGGAAGGAUACGAGGGUGAUGCCUGUGAAUGUCCGAUGUCCAACGCUACUUGCAUGACAAGUGGAGGCGUGCUGUGUAAUGGUAAUGGUGUAUGUGAAUGUGGAGUGUGUAAAUGUGAUGCAGACAGCCAUUUCAAAGGACCAACAUGUGAAGAAUGUCCGACUUGCCCUGGAAAAUGUCAAGAGAACAAGGAUUGUGCCUUGUGUAAGGGGUUUCAGACUGGGGACUAUACUACUGAGCAAUGCCUAGAGAAGUGUGCCCAUGUGACACCUGUUGACUCAAUUGAUGAAGAUGAAGUCAAUCGGAAUGACCAGAAGAACAUGUGUCAGUUCAGUGAUGAGGAAGAUGAUUGUAGAUAUUUUUUUACCUACGAAUAUGUUGAGAACAACAAGGUUGUUGUCGAGGUGCAGAAAACUAAAGUUUGUCCAGAGUCGGUGAACAUUCUUGCCAUUAUUCUGGGUACUAUCGGAGGUAUUGUACUCGUUGGUCUCAUCCUCCUACUCAUCUGGAAGCUAUGGACCACCAUUCAUGACAGAAGGGAAUUCGCCAAGUUUGAGAAAGAAACACAGAAUGCUAAAUGGGAUACGGAAGGAAACCCACUUUACAAUCCAGCGACCACAACAUUUCACAACCCUGCAUUUGAUCAACCAAAUUAGAACAUUGAAAUUAGUGGAGAGAAUCCUAUCUAUCAACAAGCCACAUCAACAUUUAAAAAUCCAACAUACGCCGGAAAAUAGAUCAUCACUUUCACAUCAUGGCCGUUAUGUCGCAAUCUCUCUAUCCAUGGCAUUAUAUUCAGUACUUUAUAUAACAUGAACGGCUUCAACAUGAAAUAUGAAGCAAUCCUUGGGCAGUUUGCCUUGUUAGUGAAGAUCUUUCAACAUGAAUUUAAGAAUUAAACUGGAAGCCUGAUAAAAUGUUUGUUGGCUUGACAAGAAAAUUACUUUGGAGAUUAUCCUAAGGAUACAUUCUUCUUUGAAAAUUCAAGUGCUAAUAAUACUUUUGGACAGCUUAUCAUCCUAAAAUCAUAGGAUGAUAUGUGUAAUAAAGGAGGUUGUUUGUAAAAUGAUAUGUUUGCAACAUCGACUGGAGAAAACAGUUCUAAGAUUAUAAAAAAAAAGAUUGUGUUUUAGACUAUUUCAAGAACAGUUACUGUGAUCAUACUUUCAGGAAAGGUAACUCCUGCUAAUUUGAGCAUAUUAGCAUAUUGUCAUGGAAAUCAGUUCAGUUUAAUGAAAAUUGACAAAAUGAAAUCAUAGUCCCAUCUUCAUAACUUUUGGAAAUAAUGCAUAGAAGCUCAAUAUAGUAUAUAACCAAAACCAAACCAAAUUAUUUAGGGUAAAAUCCUGAAUGUGUCGGACAUUAUGACAUUAUGAGUAGUACAUCCUGGUUGAAUAGUAUGGUGAAAAUAUUGGAGUACUUUAUACAAGUGAUUUCAUCCUUGAAAAGAAAUUACAUUGUACAAAAACAAUCAGGAGACCUUCAGAACAAGAAAAAAAAACAACAUAGGAGUUAAACAGAUUUGGAACUACAGCCUCUGAAGAAGUUUUUGUUCAGCCUUUUGAGAUUAAUUGUAAAACAGCAUAUAGAUAUUGUUAGGGAAAAGGUGGUUGAACAUCUCAUAAAUGUCUCAUUGCUGUUAGGUCUUCUCAUGAUCGAGAUCAAAGUAAUUGUAAAUAACAGGGAUUGUAACUUGCUGUUUUAUCAUGAAGUAUGACAGUAAUUAACUUUUAUCACACGGUAGAUGCUGAUUAAUAAGUCAAGUAGCAUUUGGUUCUCAUAAGGGUUAGCAGGAUUUUGUUUUGUGUUCUUUUGAAAGUUUCAGAUCUGUUAAUUUUUUUAUGUGCAGUAAUGCUUAAUAGUGAUUGACU